AUGGGACGCAAGAAGAAAAGAUCAAAGACAGUUCGGAAGUUACAAUCUUCUCAGAAAGAAGAACCAGAAGAGUUGAAAAAUGCCCCACAUUCAUUUGUCAUUCAUCAAGGUAAGGUUGGCAAAUACGCCCGGCAACUUGUACGAGAUGUCCGACAGGUAAUGGAACCAUACACAGCCUCUCGAGUUAAGGUAAAAAAAUGGAACAGCUUAAAGGAUUUCACCUCAAUUUCUGGCCUUCUAAAUGUCACUCAGAUUUUGUGUUUUACCAAAACUGACAAUUCUAUGAAUUUGCGGAUCAUCUGUAAUCCGAGAGGGCCCACGUUGCACUUUAAGGUUCGCCAGUAUACACUUGGACGAGAUGUGAAAUCAGCAGCCAAAAAAGUCAACCAAAAUCCCAAGCAGUAUGAUCAUCACCCUUUAUUAGUGAUGAAGAAUCUAGGAGAGAAGUCAAUGCAUAUUAAACUGAUUGCCACCAUCUUCCAAAAUAUGUUCCCUACUAUAAAUGUCAACCAGGUGAAACUCAAACAUGUACAAAGAUGUCUGCUCCUCACUUAUAACCCAGAAACAAAACUUAUAGAAUUUAGACAUUACAACAUCAGUUUAGUGCCAGUGGGACUUGGAAAAGCUGUGAAGAAAUUAAUCAAAGGAAAAAUACCAAACUUGGGAAAAUACAAAGACAUCAGCAAAUAUGUAGAAAUGGGUGGCAAUUUGUCUGAGAGUGAGGCAGAGAUGGAUGGUCCACACAAUGAAGUUGUUCUUCCGCAAAAAAUGACAGGCAAAGGAAAUACAGUGUCAAUGAAAAGUGCCAUCAGGUUAACAGAACUUGGUCCUCGUAUGACUCUUGAACUUAUGAAAGUAGAGGAAGGUGUCUGCGGUGGUGAAGUCCUUUAUCACAGCUACAAGACGUUAUCAGUUGAGGACAUCAAGGCGGCCAUCAAACGCAAAGAAGAAAAACAAAAACUCAAAGAAAAACGUAAGAAGGAACAGCGAGAGAAUGUAUUGAGAAAAGCUCGUUUGAUGGCACAACAUAAAGAACGUUCUCUUGAAGGAAUGAAGAAAGCACAGGAGUUGAAGGAAAAAGAACUGGAAGGAGAGAAAAUUGAAAUGCCAGAAGCCAUUGAAGAUGACAUUGAGAAUGACAUCAAAUAUUAUAGGGAAGAAGUUCAAGCAGAACCAGAACCAGAACUGUUCUCCAGAAAAAGAAAGAAAGAACUGAAGCCUGAAAAAAUGAUAACUACCGUUGUUUUCCUGAAAGAUCUGUCAAUACUUAUGUCAGCAAAGUAA